CUGUAAACGUAUUUUGACGCAUCUUUACUAAAGAAGCAGCAACCUUGAGGAGCAGACUGCAAAGACCGCGAAGACCGCCAGUUUCGCGCGAAAGUCGGCGUUGGUUGCGUGUGCGCUCAGGCCUUGUAAUUCUAUUCAAGUGAUCGGGACUUCAUGGAAGACGCGCUCAGUGAAAAGUUUCAGAAAAUCGAGAAAAUCGGCGAGGGAACCUACGGAGUCGUGUACAAGGCCCGUGACAGGGCCACCGGACGAUUUAUUGCCUUGAAGAAGAUCCGUCUUGAGAGCGAAGCCGAAGGUGUCCCCAGCACUGCCAUACGAGAAAUCGCCCUUCUGAAAGAACUUCGACACCCAAAUAUUGUGCGCCUUCUCGAUGUCGUUCCUCAAGACCAAAAGCUAUACCUCGUAUUCGAAUACAUGACGGAGGAUCUUAAGAAGCACAUGGACAAAGCAGCGUCGAGCAAGACCCCACUUGCCGUGAAGCUGGUGAAGAGCUACUUGUGGCAGCUGUUGCAAGGCAUCGCGUACUGCCACUCUCAUCGCAUCUUGCACCGGGACCUGAAGCCGCAGAACCUCCUAAUCGAUUUCGAAGGUAACAUCAAGUUAGCCGACUUCGGCCUCGCAAGGGCCUUCGGGCUACCACCGCGCACGUACACGCACGAAGUGGUUACGCUCUGGUACCGGGCGCCCGAAAUCCUCCUCGGCUCGCGCUUCUACUCGACGUCGGUAGACGUCUGGAGCAUUGGCUGCAUCUUCGCCGAAAUGCUUAUGCUAAAGGCACUCUUUGCGGGUGACUCUGAAAUAGACCAGCUUUUCCGUAUCUUCCGCACUCUCGGUACACCCGACGAGAACUCUUGGCCCGGCGUAACCAACCUGCCCGACUACAAAGCCACUUUCCCGCGCUGGGAGCCACAGUCGCUCGUGAACAUUAUCAAUGGCCUAGACGCCGACGGAGAAGACCUCAUCCUGAAGCUACUCAUCGCCGACCCCGAUGCCCGUAUGCCAGCGAAGAGAGCGCUCAGUCAUCGCUACUUUCGGGAUGUCACCAUUCAGCGGCCACUGUGCAUGUGACACUUGGUCGCGCGCAUGGCGCCGUCGCCAGGGCAUGCGCUCAGGGAUACUGGUGCCCGUUUUCUUUUUUCAUAUAUACAUAUAUCUAUAUUUUUGAUAAUGCGCGUUUUUUCUUCAUUUUGUUUUUAAACUCUGGUUAGCCUGCUUAGUUAUUUUCAUAUUACCUCUAAGUUGCGAGCCAGAGCGCGCAGUUUUAUUAUGUAUAAUGUGCCAGUGAGAGUGAUAUGCACUGCUAUCACUGUGUUCACGUGGUUAAGCAUGUCCAGGGCGACAGGAGAUCGCCGCUGGCGACUUAUUUUUCUUAUUAAUACUGUGUAAUGUCCACAACACGAACUCUCUCUCUCUAUAUAUAUAUAUACGCAUUCCAUAUUUUUAAAAGGGUGCCUACUACAGCAAAGUGUUCACUGACGUUUGCCACAGACGACGAUAUUGCUGUUUAAUUAUCGAUUUUGUGAAGUUCCGCAACUGUGACCACGUUUUUACACGUAGAUUUUUUUUCGUUAAUUGCCGCCAAAAGUGUGCACUACAGGCAGUUUGCGUAUGACAUGUUUCCCUAUUCAAGCGCGUGGGGUGUGCUUGUACACAAUUACGUAACAGUUCCCGUGAAUAAAAUGCUGCAUUAUUAAGCGCCAGG